UGUUUCUCCUCUUAAAUGACGUGUGAUUUCACCGCGGCUGCUCCGCACUGUGUUGAAUUAGAACCGCCUCCAUCUGCUCCAACCUGUCAUUAUGAAACAUGUUGUUUUUCGCUCCUUGUUAAAGAUGAGUCAUGUCUGGGUUUUCAGGAGGAAGUGGAGACGGAGAACCGGAGGAACACCAGAACCAAACUCGCACCGAAGCUGAGCCCGCAGACAGAGGAGAGCGCUACCUCCCAGGUCGGCCUCCGCGGCAGGAAGGACGGCACGCUGCAGAAGAUCGGAGACUUCCUGCAGAGGUCCCCGACCGUGCUGGGCUCUGGAGCCAAGAAGAUGAUGAGCCUGGUCAGCAGCCGUGUGGAUGCCCAGGCAGCCUCUUCCUCCUCUUCCUCCUGCUCCCCCCUCCGUUUGACGGCCAAGAGGAGCAGAAAGAAACUCUACAGGCCUGAAAUCUCCUGCCCCAUGGAAAUGCCCCCCCACCCGAUUAUUAACCAGGAGACGAAGGACGGCGACGGCGGCCAACAGAUCAAGCUGCGCCUCCGCUCCAGAGUGGCUAAAUGCUAACGCCGUGUCCAGUUAGCUUUCAUAUUACUGUCUUAAUGAAGCCGCUUAUGAUCGAGCAUA